AAAGAGAGGACUGAGUAGACAUGUUUGGAAAGGAGUGAAUAAAAACGUUUAUAGAAGAAAAGACUGAGUAAACAUGUUCGGAAAACAUAGGAAAAAGUAAAUAUGUUUGGAGAAGAUAGGAUCCGGAAAUGGCACAAGUACCCAGUCUUCUUCAUUCUGACACGUCAUAAUGGUACAACGAAGGCUGACAUUUUCGUGAUGAAAAGUUUUUAUCGAAUAAAGUGGUAAACAAAGGAUAGAGACUAGCUUACAAAACCUGGGUCUUGGUUGUUUACCAUUGUAGUUAUGUUUUUGAACGAAAUGAAUCCUGAUGGUAAAAAGAAAGUAUGAUUUAAAGCUAAAAUACGUGAUUGAAGUAUUGAAGUAUUGAUACCUUACGAACUACACUUUUUCAGUAAUGUACUGGAUUAUGAUUCUCAAAAAACGGCACUUUUAAUAUUUGUCUACUGAAAUAUACUCGUGGUUGGAAAAUAAGAGAUUCUAUAAGUGUUAAUACAAACUUUGAAAUAGACAUUAGCGCUUAAGUACUGAAAGCCGCUGCUUAUGAAAUUCAAAAUGUUUUCGUCUUCACUUUUUAUGUGCAACGUGCUGUGUUUAAUUGCACUGAUUAAGUUAUAUUUAAGUGCUAAUCGCACCAUGAAACAUGCUGUAUUGAAUGUAUCUGUGCAAAAUAUCCGAAAUUAUGACACUUAAGUUAUUAAAAUGAAUAAUUAAAAAAGUAAAACAGUUCAAAAUUAGUUUUAUUCUUCACUCUAAGUAAAAUGACAGUUACGUACUCUCUGGACGUUGCCGAUGCUCGCCUUCUUGGAUUCGCUAAGUUGCUCUUCAAAUGGCGAGGUAGCAUCUACAAACUUUUGUACAGAGAAAUCAUUAUUUUUUGCGUGACGUAUUUCAUUCUCACUUUACUCUACCGGUGCAUCUUAACAGAGGAACAGAAAAUAGCAUUUGAAAAGUUCUCCAUCUACUGUGAAACUUUCACCAACCUCAUUCCACUGUCCUUUGUCCUUGGGUUCUAUGUGGCAAUAGUUGUGGGUCGAUGGUGGCAACAAUACAUGUCUAUUCCUUGGCCAGACAAGAUCAGUAUGCUUAUUUCAGCUUAUGUCCACGGUAAUGACGAGAGAGGUCGCAUCAUUCGCCGUUCCCUUGUUCGUUACCUGAGUCUGCUGUCAGUUCUAACUUUCCAAACUUUGAGUACUGCAGUUAAGAAAAGGUUUCCAUCACUGGAUCAUUUAGAAGAAGCAGGACUCAUGACAAAAGAGGAAAGACAAGCUUAUGAAGAUAUUCCCGGGUCUCAUGGAAAAUGGUGGGUUCCUGCGCAAUGGUUUACAUCUCUGGUAGUCAGAGCAAGGAGAGAAGGACGAAUCAAAGAUGACAUUCUCCUGAAAACCCUACUAGAUGAGCUACACGUUUACCGUGGAAACUGUGGUAUGCUUUACAGCUACGACUGGAUAAGUGUUCCUUUAGUGUACACUCAGGUGGUGACUUUAGCUAUCUACACGUACUUCCUAGCCUGUGUGAUGGGCAGACAGUAUCUAGAUCUAUCAAAAGGUUAUUCUGGGCAUAAAAUUGAUUUGUAUGUUCCCAUCUUUACGAUACUUCAAUUUUUCUUUUACAUGGGAUGGUUAAAGGUGGCAGAAUCGUUGAUUAAUCCUUUUGGUGAUGAUGACGACGAUUUUGAGUUGAAUUGGUGCUUGGACAGAAACUUGGUGGUGUCCACCUUAAUCGUAGACGAAAUGUUUCAGCGACAUCCGCUGCUCGUGAAAGACCAAUACUGGGACGAACUGGAACCUCAGCUACCUCACACGAAAUCUUCUAUUACUGUACGAACACAGCCUUACCUUGGAUCCACCGCAAAUUUGGAUGUCCACCCUGAAGAAUCAGAAUUUGUCCCCAUGGAAACUAUUCUAGAGGAAGAUAACAGUGAAAACGCGUACACCAGUGUUCCAAACAGUCCUGAGAAUGAACCUCUGACUCCCGGAGGCGAAGACAGCGUCUUUCAAAGAGGUGGGAUGCGCUUUCCAGAAUUUCCAGGAAGCAAACUAUUGAACUUUCUUAUUGGUCAAAGCAGCUCUGAAAAUGUUGCUCAGACACCAAAGAGGGAGGUGAACUUCCCUACCUCCUUUUUACUGAAAACACCUCGGCAACGUUCCCGUACAGAGUCAGGGUCCGACAUCUCGGGAAGUCGCAAAUUUAUUGAACAAGAAAAGAAAAAAUCUCGUUCCAGACUUUCUCUAUCAUCAAAAAAGGAUGUUAAUAAUGAAGAAUCUCUAUGUUUAAUGGAAAAUGCCUCUUAUGAACCAAAUAUUUAUGUUUCGUGUGCUUCUGAUCCUCUAAAAACACAACAGGGCGACGAAAAGACUGAAUUUGUUGAUAAAAUUUGUAGUAAGGACUCGAUCAUCAAGUCAUCCCAAAGUACACUUGAAACUAAAAUUGACAUAAAUCCUACACCUAAUUCAACGUCUGUUGAUGAAUUAUCUUUUUAUGAACCACAUUCGCUGCUCUCGAAUAAGGAAUCAUCCGAUACUUCCUCUGGAAAUAAAGAGCAACAAUCAAUCCAGUUACCCAGCUCCGAAUCUUCUGAAAAGGAAAUACAGUCUCCAACAAAAAAUGUAUUUGAUGACUUACCCACAGACUUCCAGCCAUGUACUUCGAGUGCAAGUGAACAUCCAUCGUUGCGUGAUUCAGACCUUCCGUUCACAACUGAUCAUUCAUCAGGUUGUUCACCAGAAGUUGGAAAAUCGUCCCCAAACUAAACAAAAGCCCAAAGUGCAAUUAAUAGAACUAACUAUUGUGUACCAUUUCUUUGAUUGUUAGACCAAAAAAUACCAUUACAUGGAUCACAUACAUCCACACUAAGACAAUUAUUCCAAAAUCAAUCAUACUCUUGCGCACAAUUGAUAUUUUGAUUGUUUGUUUGAAGUUAAACACAUAGCCACACAAUGAGCAAUCCGUGCACUGUCCACCAUGGGUAUCGAAACCCAGUUUCUAGCCUUGUAAGUCCGCAGACAACCGCUGUGCCACUGGGGAUGGGGAAUAAUUGAUGAACCAACAUUUAUUUCAUUUUACACCUCUCCAACAAAAAGGAAAAAUCAUGAGACGAGUAAUCUGAUAAUCAUUAUCUAUCCGGCCAGGCCAUCUGCCUGAAAAUGAAAUUACUUGUUUGUAUGUUUAGCGCAAAGAUAUACAAUGGACUAUUUGCGCUAUUUUCACUGCGGGAAAAGGAAUCCUGGAUUUUAGGGAUACAAGUCCGUAAACUUACCAUCGACUCGCAGAAGACAAAAUAGUACAAGUUUUUGUUUUAGCGCAAAGCCGAACACUGGACCAUCUAAUCUUGGUCAACCGCGAGGAAUCGAACCUCGAAAUUUAGUGUGCAAUGGAACAGCUAUUUCAUAUGAUUAAUCAAAGGCUGAUAGAUAUCUUUAUAAUUUUCAUUAAUGUAUUAUUAAAGAAUGAUCCAAAGAAGAAAACGGUGAUAGCUGGAACUAAUUUGUGUGUGUUGGAAACACUUUGAAAGUUGUAAUGCAUUUUUUCUGCUUAUGCUGUAUUGUAAUAUACAGUUAUAAAACUGUUGCACGUUUUAGCAGGUAGUUAAGCAUUCUGUGGUAAGUUUUAUGCAGCACAUAGCUAAUAUGUACAAA